AUGCCCAGGGGACAAAAGAGUAAGGCCCGGGCUCGUGAGAAACGCCGCCAGACCAAAACAGGGUCCAAAGAGCUCCAGGAUACUCAGACCAUGACACCAGAGAAAAGAGAGUCAUCCUCUUCCUCUGCUCAUGCCUCUGGAGAUGCGGCCGCAAGUGCCUCUUCCGAUAUCUUUUCCAAGUUGUUUCAAGAAUUGCCUGAUGCCACCACUUUCAGUUUCUGCAUUGCCCACAGCUCUGAUAAAAGUGCCAAGAGCCAACAGAAGAAAACUGCGAACUCCUCUAGGGCCCAGCACUCCAGUAAGAGCCCACAGAAGGAUCUUCUAACAAGGAAGACAGAGAUGCUGAUGGAGUACAUGCUCACCAAGUACAAACAGAAAGAGCCCCUGUUAAGAGAAGAAAUGCUAAAUGCGGUCAACAAACGUUUCAAGGAGCAGUUCCCUGAGAUCCUCAAGAAAGCUUCCAACCGCUUGGAUCUGGUUUUUGGCCUAGAGUUGAAAGAAGUCCAGCCCAAUGGUCAAUCCUAUGAGCUUGUCAGCAAGCUAGAUUUCCAGGAUGAUGGAAGUAGGAGCAGUGAGCUGGGUCUUCCCAACAGGGGCAUUCUGAUCCCUCUCCUAGGUGUGAUCUACUUAAAUGGCUACUGUGCCCCAGAGGAGGAGGUCUGGCACUUCCUAAAUAAGUUAGGAAUUCAUGAUGGGGUCCCACACCUCAUCUUUGGGGAUAUCAGAAAGCUCAUCACUGAAGAUCUAGUGCAGGAAAAGUACCUGGAAUACCAUCAGGUUCCUGACAGUGAUCCUCCAUGCUAUCAGUUCCUGUGGGGUCCAAAAGCCUAUGCUGAAACCAGCCAGGUAAAGGUGAUGGAGUUUUUGGUCAAUAUCAGUGAAACUGGCUCCUCUACCUACCCAUCCAAUUAUGAAUCAGCUUUGAUGGAAGAAGAUAGAGCUCAGGCUGAAGGUGCAACCCAGAAAAGCACUACAUGCAAGACUAAGAGACGUUCUAAAACCAAGUCCAGCCUUCCUACCUGCUAG